UAGUGGAAACAGUUAACAAGCUGCUGUACUGUCUCUUACAUAUGACGACACGCGCGGAGGGCUCGGUGGUAAUAGUAUAGAACUCGACAAAGCAGAUCCAGAGAAGUACUGACUGUUCAGCAGAGAGAAAUCGUUGCAGGGAAAAAGUGGAGGUCAAACCAUUUGCAGUCGACCAUUUGCUUACGUAAAUGUACAGUAAUAUAAAGUUUAGAUAGAGACCAAGCGUUCGAUAAUUCAGUUUAGAAGAUAGUGGCACUGCACGCAGAGACAUAAACAUGUCGUCUCCAAGUCCGGGUAAACGACGAAUGGAUACCGAUGUGGUCAAACUGAUCGAGAGUAAACAUGAAGUCACAAUUCUGAGUGGAUUAAAUGAAUUUGUAGUUAAGUUUUAUGGACCACAAGGAACACCAUAUGAAGGGGGUGUAUGGAAGGUUCGAGUAGAUCUUCCGGAUAAAUACCCCUUUAAAUCUCCAUCCAUAGGGUUCAUGAAUAAGAUCUUUCAUCCAAAUAUCGAUGAGGCGUCUGGGACGGUGUGUUUAGAUGUUAUAAAUCAAACAUGGACAGCACUCUAUGAUCUCACCAAUAUAUUCGAGUCAUUUCUGCCACAGCUUCUUGCAUAUCCCAACCCCAUUGACCCUCUAAAUGGGGAUGCUGCAGCCAUGUACCUGCACCGACCAGAGGAGUACAAGCAGAAAAUCAAAGAAUACAUUCAGAAAUAUGCAACAGAAGAGGCGCUAAAGGAGCAAGAGGAUGCUGCAGGUGACUCUUCAUCUGAAAGCUCCAUGUCUGAUUUCUCGGAAGAUGAGGCACAGGAUAUGGAGUUGUAGUGAAGCACAAUUACACCUCUUUAUUGCAGAGACUCUAUAAUUUACUUAACAUAAGAAGCCGAUUAGAAAACUCAUAUUUAAAAAAGAAUGUUAUUAUUAUUAUUAAUAACAUUCUUACUACUAUGACUUAAUAAUUUUUUUAUGGUUAUCUAGGUCAAACAACCCCCCUAGGUCAAACUUUGACUGCUCCCCUGCAUUCCGUUUGGUAUGGCUAGAAUAUGUCUAAUCACAGUUCUCAUUUUACCAUGCUCAGGCUCUUACACUGUUAGACACAUCUGUUAGGCAAAACACGUCUGCAUGUUUUAUUAAAUGUCAUUUUUACUUUCAGGAUAUUUUUAAACAAAACAAAACAGUCUGGUAUGGCCAGUAUAUAAAAGUUUAGUUACCACUGUAGAAUACAUUCCGACCAAAUUGAAAUACCAAGAAAUUUAUAUUCUUUCAAUAUUUAGCAUACUUUUAAACAACACAAUCUCUGUCAAACUGGUAAAUAUUAUCCAUAGCCUAGUGUUUAUUAGUCAUAUAUUAGUACCAUUUUUCAUCAUCAGUCAGUUCACUUCUCCUAAAUUAGCUUUGUUAUAAAUUCAAGACUACAUUUUACAUGGUUACUGGGGGAAAAUUUACUUAUUUAACUCUUUAUAUGAAGUCUUGCAUGUUUUAAAAAAAUAAAAGUGAUUUGUAUUGGUAAAGGAUGCAUUUUUACAUCAAAUACAUCUGGAAGAAACUCACUUAAUAUUCCAUAUCACAAUUAAAUAAUGUACUGUGACUUUAGAAGGGCUAAUGGUUUGGACAUGCCAAAUAUAUUUGGGUUUUUGGUUGUUGUUUAUAAACUGGUGUAGUUAUGAAUUUUUUCAAUAUUUAGCAUACUUUUAAACAACACAAUCUCUGUCAAACUGGUAAAUAUUAUCCAUAGCCUAGUGUUUAUUAGUCAUAUAUUAGUACCAUUUUUCAUCAUCAGUCAGUUCACUUCUCCUAAAUUAGCUUUGUAAAAUUUUUUGUUUAUUUGACUAAAAUGCCAUACUUCCAUCGAUUAAUUGGAUGUAACUCUAUUUUUAAAUAGGUUUAAUUGUGGACAGAAAGUAUAAGCAUAAAGCCCAAGUCUAAAAAACAUCUGACAAGCAGCAGGUGCUCUUGCAAAUACAAUUUGAUUUAAGUUCUGUUAAGUUUCCACACUGUGGGGGUAGGCAUACACAUUCAGACUGAGUUUUGAACUUCAAAAUAGACUUCUUUAUAAACUGUACAAAAAAAUUCAAAGCAAUUACUAUUUAUUUGCUAAAUUUAGUAUUAUCUACACACAUUAUCUGCAUUAAUUGCCCAUAAUGACUAAGGGAAAAAGUUUCAGAGUUUUUCCAAAGCAAAAAUACAAAACAGCUUGCUCACAAAAGAAUUCAGACCCUUCAAAAUUUUAUGAAAGUCUAAGCUUUGCCUGGCCCACUCAAGGACAUACAAAAACUCUCCUUGAAGCCACAUCAUUGUUGUUUGGGCUGUAUUCUGUGAAGUUGGCCCAGUCUGUGUUUGAAUGUUUUCCUCAAGGAUGGUCCUGUUUUAGGCUGCAUGUAUCUGCAACUCACUUCUUACCAGUGUCUUUUUCUUUCCUGCUAUAAAAUGCCCCUAUAGAAUGAUGCUACCACUACCAUGUUUCAUCAUAUGGAUGGUUACUGGCUAGGCAGAGGUGUAGUGCAAUUUUUUGUCUAACCAGACUAGAAAAUCUCUUUUUGUUAUGUAAGUCCUUCACAUACUGUCUAGCAAAUUCCAAACAGGCUUCUGUCUUAUAACUCUGCAUUUAUGAUCCAUCAAGAAUUGCAGAGAUAUUUGUCCAGCAGUUCCUUUUAUCUCUGCAUAGGACAUUUUUAGAGUUACCAUUUGGUCCGUUAUUGUCUCCCAGCUCCCUAACCAAGGUCUUUUUUGCCCAAUUGGCCAAUAUUUUUUAACCCUAAAAACAUGCUUUUACUUUGUAUUUAGCAAAUGAUACAUACGGAUUGAUUGUUAAAAUGGCAGUUCAGUUAAAUCCAACACAAUGAAGUGUGCAGACAGUCAGGGAGUCUGAAUACUUCGCGCAGUGUGUGCGUGUGUGUGUGUAAAAGAGAGACAGAUAGAGAAAGAGACUUCUUUAAAAAAAAAAAUUUCAAUAUGUUAAACUUAGAAAGUACAUAGAAAUAGAGCUGGAGAAUAAACUUAAUUUUGAUUCUUUGUUGAUCAGUGUGUUAACUUCUUCGAUCAACGAAGCAUGGAAUUUGCCCAGGGGUGUCCAGAACUUUACAUAAAACUGUCUUUUGUGAUUUAAUGAUCUGUAGGUAUGGUGUUGUGUUUUUUUUUUAUAUAUAUACAAAUGCCGAGGGUAGAACGUAUAACAUAAGUAAACAACUAGCCUAUUAAUUUUGCAUAAUUAUAAGAGGUGUUAAGUGUGACUUGGUAGAGUGUUCAAACAAGACGUACAUUGAUUUACAAUCUGUACAUUGUCCUUCAUAUGUUUAUUUUAACUGUUGUUUUAAAAAGCCUAAUACUAAAAUAAUAUUCAUAAUAAAACAUUUACAACCAAUUUAUGAUUGUUAAACCAGACAAUGAAGUCUGUGUUUAAAGAAAAUGAUAUGAAGGGAGUCAUUGUACACAUCCUGGGUGCUUUUGUUAGGGCUUUCUAAAUAGCCAUAAUUAUCUUACUUUAAUUUUCUCCUUACUGCCCCCAAAUUCCCAAAAAUUAUUAGUCAAAAGUUUUGUAGGGCAAGUCCAAUUAUAAAUAUACAUUUUAAAUAUUGUAUAAAAUUAAAUUCUUAACUUUAUGCAGUAUUGUGCUAUAUGAAGACAAAUACUAGAUACUGAUUUUGUUGAAGUACAUUUCAUGCUUUACGAUAUUUUUUUGCAGGUGUUGUGGUUUGAAAGUUCUGAAAUAACAACCUUGUUUCUUAGGAUUGCCUCUGUAGUUGUGGUUACUAUAGCAACACAGCCUGUGUAUACACCAUUAGUUGGAACCUAAACUUAGCCAUUUUAUUAUACUGACAUGUACAUUUUCCAGACCAGAAAACAAUACUGUUGUAUCUAUUUUUGCAAUGGCAAAGGAAUUAGUGAGCAUCCCCAAAUCAUUUAAGCACAAACAUGCAUUCACACUUUUAUUUUUUUAAGACAAAAGAGAAAGAUGUUCCGAGUGUCUUUAAU